CGUUGUAUCUCCAGAACGUUACAGAAAUACUUUCGCGAGCUUUCCACUUACGAAUUUGCAGAUGUCAUCGCUUACAUCAUGGACUACGGUGUUAUAGGAAUUUGUUGACAGGACAACCCUUCUCAAGCCUAUAAUAAUCCGUAUACACUUUAUGAUACACCUACAGAGGUGUUAAAAAUAGAUGAGCUGCCACUGACUAACAACAGGUUUUUGAACUUGUUGAAGUGGAAGACACAACCAUGUUGUGCUGGGGAAAUGCCUCCUAUGGUCAGCUUGGAUUGGGUGGAAUUGAUGAAGAAAUCAUUGUAGAGCCCCAAAAAUGUGAAUUCUUUAAUGGGAAGAUGGUUCGAGGUGUAGGCUGUGGGAGAAGACACACUGUUUUUCUUCUUGAGGAUGGAACUGUGUAUACCUGUGGCUGCAAUGACUUAGGACAGCUGGGGCAUGAAAGAGCACGCAAAAAACCAGAGCAGGUAAUGGCACUUGAUGCUCAGAACAUUGUAGCGGUAUCUUGUGGUGAAGCUCACACUCUUGCUCUAAGCGACAAAGGGCAAGUGUUUGCAUGGGGACAGGCUUCUGAUGGACAGCUUGGCCUUUCCAGCAUGGAAGAAUGUAUGCGUGUGCCCAGAACAAUCAAGAGUUUGUCAGAGGUCCAUGUUGUUCAGGUCUCCUGUGGUUAUAGGCAUUCACUUGCACUUUCUCGGAGGGGACAUAUUUUCUCCUGGGGGCAAAAUAGAUAUGGACAGUUAGGACUAGGGAAAGAAGGACCUUGCAUCUUGACCCCUCAGGUCAUCCAGUCUUUACAGGGCAUUCCAUUUGCCCAGAUCUCUGCAGGAGGUGCCCACAGCUUUGCUCUUACAAUGUCUGGGGCUGUAUUUGGUUGGGGGCAAAACAAGUUUGGCCAGCUUGGCUUAAAUGAUAACAAUGAUCGAUGUUUUCCAACCUUGCUGAAGACACUCAGGUCACAGGGGGUUGUUUAUAUAUGCUGUGGAGAGAAUCACACUGCUGUUUUAACAAAGGAGGGAGGUGUGUUCACAUUUGGAGCAGGUGGCUAUGGCCAGCUUGGACACAACAGCAUAAACCAUGAAAUAAACCCACGAAAGGUUUUUGAACUGAUGGGGAAUGUUGUGACACAAGUAGCUUGUGGUAGAAGGCAGCAUACCUUAGCAUUCAUUCCAUCCUCUGGCAAGAUUGAUUCUUUUGGUCUUGGAGGGAAUGGACAACUUGGAACACGUCACACCUCCAACAGAAUAAGCCCUGCUCCUGUAAAAGGCCAAUGGAGAGCUUACAAUGACCCAACACAAAUAGAAUCUGAGACUGAGAAGUUCUACACUGUGAAGAGGAUUUAUGCUGGAGGAGACCAGAGCUUUGCCCAUUUCCACUGUCUUCUUGAUGGCCCUCCCCCAGAUGAUCUGAGAAUACGACAUAGCGAUCAGCAUGUCUUAAGCUUGAAUUUUGACCUCAUUCAGAAAUGGCUGAGCCACGGUCACGGAAGACUCUCACCAGAAACGACAGUUGAGAUCGAUGAUAUAUUCUCCUCAGCAAGUUGUUUAAAUGGGAGUUUUCUUUCUACAAGCCAUCCAGAUCAUUAUCGCACUAGCAGUAAAUGUUCUGGGGUGGACAUGAACAUGGCUCGCCUCCUCUUUAACAAACUCAUCCAGCCAGAUUAUCCACAUAUCUCACAACAAAUUGCUGAUUGUUUAGGGAGGCAUUUGAUUCCCAACCUGUGCAGCUCUCCUCCGGACAUUGAGGCACUGAGGCUCUACCUCAUUCUUCCCGAGUGUCCUCUCUUUAAAAACCCCAACAGCUACAUCACACUUACCAUUCCCUUUGCCAAGGCAGUCAUCUACCUCGGCAAUGCUCCAAUCAAAGUGCUUGGAAAUUGGUGGUCUUGCCUUGAUCCAGCAGUUUAUCAAGGAUUGGUGGAAUUGUAUAAAGAGGUGAUUGUGUAUCUACUCCGGAUGCAGAAGAUAGGAAUUUCACCAUCUGAGCAGAGGUCAUUUACCUGCUUCUUAAGUACAUGUUUGAAGUUUCUGGAGAUUUUGUACUCUGUAAAUGAGCAAGCUGGCCAAAUUAUUCUGUAUGACAAAUUUUAUAUACAUGAACUAGAAGACCUUGUUGACAUCAGGAGUGAUUAUGUUACAUGGAUCCAGCAUCAGAUGUUCUCCAUGGCCAUCGACUCUCAGGUCAACCUGUGCAAAUACCCAUUUGUAUUUGAUGCUCAGGCAAAGACAAUGCUGCUCCAAACUGAUGCUGUUAUCCAGAUGCAGAUGGCUGUGGACCAAGCAGAAAGACAAAAUCUUAGCUCUUUAUUUCUGUCUGGUGGCAUGGUGGAGUCCGUAAACCCAUGCCUCAUUCUCAUGGUACGCAGAGAAAAUGUUGUUGAAGACACUAUGGAAGUUUUGCGGAAGUCCAAAAAUGUUGAUUACAAGAAACCUCUAAAGGUGAUCUUUGUUGGAGAGGAAGCUGUGGAUGCUGGUGGUGUGAGAAAAGAAUUUUUCCUCCUCAUCAUGAAAGAACUGCUUGACCCCAAAUAUGGCAUGUUCAGGUAUUACGAGGAGUCCAGACUCAUCUGGUUUUCAGACAAGACUUUAGAAGAUACUGACUUAUUUCACCUCAUUGGGGUCGUUUGUGGUUUGGCCAUAUAUAAUCUGACCAUAGUAGAACUACAUUUCCCUGUAGCCCUGUACAAAAAACUCUUGAAGAAAACUCCGACUUUAGAGGACCUGAAGGAGCUCAUGCCUGUUGUUGGAAGGUCAGUUAUUCAGAGUUGA